AUGUGUGGGGGUGGGGGCGGGGAAGGCUGCGACGAGAGCGCUGGAUGCUUCGGUGCAGGCAGUGCCGUAAAGCACAGCCGGCCCCAGCCCCCGGCCGUAUUCCCCCAGGGCGUCUGUCCGCCGCGGUUGCCACGGUGCCGCCAAGCACGGCUGUCGCGCGGCCGCGGUUUCAGCGGCGAUGGCGGCGGGGUCGGUGGCGGCAGCGGACCAGGACUCGGGUCCAGCGGGGGUCUCGGCGGUGGCGGGGAGCUGCACCCGCGCACCGGUCGCUUGGUAAGCCUGUCGGCCUGUGGGCGCACAGCGCGGCGGCAGCAGCCGGGCCAAGAAUUUAACCACGGGUUGGUGCUGAGCCGAGAACCCUUGCGCGAUGGACGCGUCUUCACUGUCCGCAUCGACCGCAAGGUCAACUCCUGGAGUGGCUCCAUUGAAAUUGGAGUGACAGCCCUGGAUCCCAGUGUGCUGGACUUCCCGAGCAGUGCCACUGGGCUGAAGGGGGGCUCCUGGGUAGUGUCAGGCUGCUCGGUGCUAAGGGAUGGGCGCUCUGUGUUGGAGGAGUAUGGCCAGGACCUGGACCAGCUCGUCGAAGGGGACCGCGUGGGUGUGGAACGCACAGCCACUGGGGAGCUCCGGCUCUGGGUGAAUGGGCGGGAUUGUGGUGUGGCUGCCACUGGCCUGCCUGCUCGUGUCUGGGCUGUCGUGGACCUUUAUGGCAAGUGCACCCAGAUCACUGUGCUGCCCCCAGAGCCAGGCUUCAGCCCUCCUACUCCUGUCCCUACACCUCCCCUGGAGCCCUUAGCCCCUCCAGAAGACUCUGCCUUGUCGGAACAGGGGACCUCCGUGGAUGAAGCCUUCAUGGUGUCCCCAGCGCAGGCCCGGCCGGAGACGUUUCCUAACAGCCUUGAUUCGCAUAAUGACUUUGCCAGCAUGGAGCUCUCCGAGGUGGUGAGCAAUGCCAUUCUGUCUGCCUACAAUGGAGGCCUCCUUAAUGUGAACCUGAGCUCCCCACCAGCAGGGGAUGGAUUACCAUCCAGCGGGCCUGCCACUUCUCCUGUCCUCACUUCCAACGAUGCCCUGCUCUUUCACGAGAAGUGUGGAACCCUCAUCAAACUCAGCAACAAUAAUAAGACGGCUGAGCGCCGGAGGCCCCUAGAUGAAUUCAACAAUGGGGUUGUCAUGACCAACCGCCCCCUUCGGGAUAACGAGAUGUUUGAGAUCCGUAUUGACAAGCUUGUAGACAAGUGGUCAGGCUCCAUCGAGAUUGGUGUUACUACCCAUAAUCCCAACAGCCUGGAGUACCCAGCCACCAUGACCAACCUCCAGUCAGGUACCAUCAUGAUGAGUGGCUGUGGGAUCCUGACCAAUGGCAAGGGUACUCGCCGGGAGUACUGUGAAUUCAGUCUGGACGAACUGCAGGAGGGUGACCAUAUUGGCCUCACAAGGAAGUCCAACUCUGCCCUGCACUUCUUCAUUAAUGGCAUUGAUCAGGGCGUAGCUACCCCAUUGACACCACCAGUGGUGUAUGGUGUGGUGGACUUGUAUGGGAUGGCUGUGAAAGUCACCAUCGUCCAUAAUAAUAACCACAGUGACCGACUCCGCCGGAACAAUGCCAUCCUGAGGGCUCUGUCUCCGGAGGGUGCUCUCCGCCGUGCUGCUCCUGCUGCCCAGGCAGAACCUGAACGCCUACUCUUCCAUCCAAACUGUGGACAGAAGGCAGCCAUCACCCACGAGGGACGCACUGCCCUGAGGCCCCAUGCCACUGAUGACUUCAAUCAUGGCGUGGUGCUGAGCAGCAGAGCCCUCCGUGACGGAGAGGUGUUCCAGGUGCGCAUUGACAAGAUGGUGGACAAAUGGGCUGGCUCCAUUGAGAUUGGUGUCACUACCCACAACCCUGCCUACCUCCAGUUGCCCUCUACUAUGACCAAUUUACGCUCUGGGACCUGGAUGAUGACGGGGAAUGGGGUAAUGCAUAAUGGGACAACCAUCCUAGAUGAAUAUGGACACAACUUGGAUCGCCUCAAGGCAGGGGACACAGUGGGCGUGGUGCGGCGGGAGGAUGGAACCCUCCACUUCUUUGUCAAUGGAAUGACUCAGGGCCCUGCUGCCUGGAAUGUACCCCCGGGUGUCUAUGCUGUCGUCGAUCUCUAUGGCCAGGCUGCUCAGGCCACUAUUGUGGAUGACGUGGAGGUGCCUCCAGUCUCUGAGCCACUCCCUGAAGGGAACAACCAGAUGUCUCCAAGUUCCCCAUCCUCAGCAGCUGGGGGCUCUGACCUGCGCUUCCACCAGCUGCAUGGCAGUAAUGCAGUCAUCACUAAUGGGGGUCGAACUGCUCUUCGUCAUAACUGCCGAAGCGAGUUCAAUGAUGCCAUUGUCAUUUCCAACCGAGCCCUGCGGGAUGGAGAACUGUUUGAAAUUGUCAUUCAGAAGAUGGUAGACCGCUGGUCAGGCUCCAUUGAAGCUGGAGUGACUGCCAUCCGGCCUGAAGACCUGGAGUUUCCCAACACCAUGACAGACAUUGACUAUGAUACAUGGAUGCUGAGUGGUACAGCUAUCAUGCAAGACGGUAAUACGAUGCGCAACAACUAUGGCUGUGAUCUGGAUGCCCUGGGCACAGGUGCACGCAUUGGCAUGAUGCGAACUGCCAAGGGUGAUCUGCACUACUUCAUUAACGGACAGGACCAAGGCGCCGCCUGCUCAGGCUUGCCUCCGGAGGUGUAUGCAGUGGUGGAUCUCUAUGGCCAGUGUGUUCAGGUGUCUAUCACCAAUGCCACCGGUCCCAUGGACAACAGUCUGGCGACCAGCAACACUGCCACCGAGAAGUCCUUCCCUCUGCAUUCCCCAGUGGCAGGUGUAGCUCACCGAUUCCAUAACACAUGUGGCAAGAACGUCACUCUGGAGGAGGAUGGCACACGGGCAGUACGUGUGGCUGGCUAUGCUCACGGCCUCGUUUUCAGCACCAAGGAGCUCAAGGCUGAAGAAGUCUUUGAGGUAAAAGUGGAAGAGCUAGAUGAGAAGUGGGCAGGAUCCCUCCGGCUGGGACUGACCACACUAGCCCCCGAGGAGAUGGGGCCUGGAGCAGGCAGUGGGCCGGGGCUGCCUCCCUCCUUGCCAGAACUCCGGACAAAGAGCACCUGGAUGGUGUCCAGCUGUGAAGUGAGGCGAGAUGGGCAUCUCCAAAGGAUGAACUAUGGCCGCAACCUCGAGAGGCUAGGGGUGGGGAGCCGUGUGGGCAUUCGUCGGGGUGCAGAUGACACGAUGCACAUACUGGUGGAUGGAGAAGAUAUGGGGCCUGCGGCCACUGGCAUUGCCAAGAAUGUGUGGGCUGUGUUGGAUCUGUACGGGCCAGUACGCAGUGUGUCCAUUGUCAGCUCCACAAGGCUGGAGGAACCAGAAGGCACCCAGCCACCCUCUCCCAGCUCAGACACUGGCAGUGAGGGCGAGGAAGAUGAUGAGGGCGAGGAGCGUGGGCUGAGAGGCCAGGAUCAAGUGGGUAUUAUGCCCACAGCCCUUGAAUUCCUGGAGAACCAUGGGAAGAAUAUCCUCUUAUCCAACGGGAACCGUACAGCCACACGAGUGGCCAGCUACAAUCAAGGCAUCGUUGUCAUCAACCAGCCCCUGGUACCCCACCUGCUUGUUCAGGUGCGAAUUGACUUCCUGAACCGACAGUGGACAUCUUCUCUUGUUCUGGGAGUCAUCACCUGCCCACCUGAGAGGCUUAACUUCCCUGCCUCUGCUUGUGCACUUAAGCGGGCAGCCUGGCUCCUGCGGGGCCGUGGUGUCUUCCACAAUGGUCUAAAGAUCUGUGAGAAGUUCGGGCCAAAUCUUGAUACGUGCCCUGAAGGCACCAUCCUGGGGCUGCGGCUAGACUGCUCUGGAGGGCUCCAUCUCCACAUCAAUGGGGUGGACCAGGGGGUAGCUGUGCCAGAUGUGCCCCAGCCGUGCCAUGCACUUGUGGACCUCUAUGGACAGUGUGAGCAGGUGACAAUUGUGAGCCCUGACCCAGGGGCGGCCAGUGGGAAGAUUGCUGGAACCCAGGGAGACAUGGAAAAAGCUGAUAUGGUAGAUGGUAUAAAGGAAAGUGUGUGCUGGGGUCCACCACCUGCUGCUAGCCCUUUAAAGAGCUGCGAGUACCAUGCCCUUUGCUCCCGCUUCCAGGAACUGCUGUUGCUUCCAGAAGAUUAUUUCAUGCCUCCACCAAAGCGUAGCUUAUGCUACUGUGAAUCUUGCCGAAAGUUGCGAGGAGAUGAGGCUCACAGGCGCCGAGGAGAGCCUCCCCGGGAAUAUGCCCUGCCUUUUGGAUGGUGCAGGUUCAAUCUUAGGGUGAAUCCCCAUCUAGAAGCUGGGACACUAACAAAGAAGUGGCACAUGGCAUAUCAUGGAAGCAGUGUAGCAGUUGUACGGAGGGUGCUGGACCGAGGGGAGUUGGGAGCAGGUACUACCUCCAUCCUGAGCUGCCGACCCUUGAAGGGAGAGCCUGGGGUGGGCUUUGAGGAGCCUGGUGAGAACUGUGCACCUCCCCGGGAGGAGCAGCCUCCUCCAGUGCUGCUCUCUCCAUCCCUUCAGUAUGCUGGGGCAGAGACCCUGGCCUCCAAAGUGCAAUUCCGGGACCCAAAAUCCCAGCGGACACACCAGGCUCAGGUGGCCUUUCAGGUGUGUGUGCGCCCUGGCUCCUACACUCCUGGCCCUCCUUCCGCUGCCCUCAGAGAACUUCCUGACCAGCACUUCAGCCCAUCGGAACUUGAGUGGGUCACUAAGGAGAAAGGAGCCACACUCCUCUAUGCCCUGCUGGUACGGGUGGAAUAAGGGGUGAGAUGCCACUACUACAAGCACAGCUGGGCCUCAAGCAAGCCCAGGACUCUUGAAUGACGACUGCCUCCACCUCAUUCCAGUGACUGACGGCAUGUCCAGGUGCUUUCCUGGAAGGAGGAGCACAUAGACAGGCUUUGAUUUAGGCCAGGUGUGAAGCACAUCUCGACAUUCAGGGCCCAGCACACUCCCUCUGCUGAGAGGGAGCUCGUAGGGAGCCCAGCUCCAGGUUCUGGGUCCCCCCUUCAUGCACUGACUUGGGGAACAUGACUCCCUAUUACCCUCCCCCAUAUCACUUAAUUUAUUUCCGUUUUUGUUCUGGUUACUGUGAAUCCCAAAGGAGUCUCUGUGCCCACACAAAGCUGCUUUUUCCGUGGCCACGGGGUGCCAUGGAGCGGGAGUGGGGAAGGAAGGGCAGCCCAAGGAAGCUGCGAGCCCUCUGUACAGUUGUUACUGACUGAUUUCUAAGGAGCCAAUAAAUACUGUCUUCAAAACA